AAAAAAAACACGAGCCAAAAAAAAAAGAGAGAAGAGAACGAGAGAGAGAAGAGAGAGAGGAAUAAUCCCGCUGUUGCUUCGCUGCCUUUUGCCUCGUUCCUCCUCGUCGUCCUCCUCCUCCACCACCACCGGCCGCCGCGGCGCCUCCUCCUCCAGCAAACGCGUCUCGAUUCGGUCUCGCGAGCGAGAGAUGGCCACUUCGUUCGACCGCUGGGAGAAGGACCCCUUCUUCCCCGCCGCCGAGGAGGUGCAGGAGUCCGCCGACCGGAUGGAGUCGGUGUACAGGAGAUGGUUGCAGGAGCGGAAGGUUGGGGGUGGGGGUGUGGAGGCUGCGGCGGCGUCGGCCGCGGGCGGAGGAUGGUGGCGAGCCGCCGGAGAUCUCCGCCGCGAGCUGCACACGGCGCUCGGUACCGCCAAGUGGCAGCUUGAUGAGUUGCAGCGGGCCAUUAAAUCGAAUUAUAGUGUUGUGCUAGCUGGGAAAGAUACUAGAGCUCGGCAUGACGACUUUGUUUCAGCCAUUGGGGAUCGUAUCCUGGAGGUGGAGAACUCUUUGAAAGAAUAUAAUACUACUGAAGGGCAUGGCCCUCUUAGCUGGGUUCGCUUGGAUGAGGGUGAACGUGAAGAGCUAGCUCAUUUCCUUUCAGCAGGAACUUAUCAAAAACGAGAUGAUGUGGUUACAAUUCCAUCUGCUGGUGACAUUGAGGUUGGUAGCAACGCAAGAAGGGUGAAAAAAGGUGUUUCGAGUGAUAGUUCGAAUGAUUCUUCAGGCUCAGCAGAGUCAGGCUUAGUGUCAGCUAAAGAGGAGACAGCUCCAGGUCACAGGAGAACGGCAAGUGCCUAUGCUGAUAUUGGAGUGUGGUGUAUUACAAUUCCUGAUGAGGGCAAUGGCAUCGAUGAGCUAUCAAUUGAUGAUCUGCCAAAGGCACCUUUGGUUAAGAGCCCUAGCUCUUCUGCAUUAGUAAAUGCCUUACAAUCGAAGCCAAGAAAGACCAAGAAUGGAGCCAGGAAGUGGACAGGAGCUGAUCAACAGGAUGUUGUGGAAUCUCUUCCUCUGACAAAUUCCCACUCAUGCCAGGGGUUUGAUGGGUUGUUCCAAAGAAGCAAAAGUUCCUUGAGCACCUCUGAUGAUGAGGAUACAUGCAAUAAGAAACUUUACGGGUUUGUUGGUGCAUUUCGUCGGUUACUUCAGAGGUCUCAGUAUCAAGUUCAAUAUGGACGCCCUGUUCAGCUACUUGUCCUAGCAAUUGCUGUUUUACUAUUCUUAAUUUAUGUCAUCAGGGCAAUUUUGUGACUGUGUUUGAUCGACUAGUGCCUCGCGGUGGACUUGCACUACUUCUGCAGUCUGUAAGGUCUAUGGCAAUCCAUAGCUGAUGAAACUAAAAUGGCAGCAUGUUUUUCUGGCUUUGUUGAUUGCCACUUGCCAGGGACAAUGAACACUGUUUUGUAUGUUUGAAGGUGUUGUCACAUUUCUUGCAAGACUCUUGGCUUUCAAGAAACAAUCUGACAUGGGAAACACAACAUUUAGCGAUCCGAUAUAGCGAAAUCAGUGAAUAUGAUUGAAUGCAUGGUCUGGCAGAUCAUUGUGCAACUUUAAGCCAGUGGAACUGAACAAAUAUGCCAUGCCGUCAGCUUCUGCCUGCAUUGCUGAUGCUGCAUCUAGUGACAUUUUAACCAGUCUGGUGCAGUCUUGUUAAUGCAAUUCAGCAUUAGAUAACCAGCAACGUAUAGCACCUUUGUGCACGCCGCUGUGGAGGUUGCCUGGAUAAUCGAGUGGCAUCUUCACUCUAGGUGGCAUUAACCUUGCUGAAGAAUUUGAGGACCUUUAGUUUGGUGCUAUGUAUUGGCUUGGAGAACGCUGAACAUUCAUUUAUCAACACGCAUUUACUGCAGUAGCUGCAGGACUAGGUUUUGCAGCCUGUACAGAUUGCUGUGUUCUGCACACUAGAGGGUUACAUUUUUGAAGAAUAGAGAAAUUCUUCAGACAUUGUUGCAGUAAUUUUUACCACUCGAUUGGCUUGUAAUCUGUAAAUAACCACUGCUUCAAAUGAGCAUCCGUUCUUGCAAGUUUGAUUUUGUUGUCUCCCAGUACUGCAAUGUCAAAAACCCUACCGUGUAAGCCAGCACGAGCCUGAUGUUG